ACCCAUGAUCUGUCGUAAUAUAAACCAAAUCAUUAAUAGUUUCUAGAUCUCCGCAGUCUUGCCCUCGCCCCCGUCUCUUUCGUCUUCCUUCCAGCUCCAAAAUCAAGUCGAUGGGGUUUAAAUCAGCGGGUUUAGGUGUGGGAUAGCGACUGCGUUCUUUGUCCAGGAAAGCUGAGAUCGAGGAGAAGAAGGAAGGUGGGAAGGGGGUGAAGAAAAGGAGGAAGAACAUGAGUGACUUGGUGGCCCGCACAGGUCGACAUCAGCAGCGCUACGAGGCCGGGUGUCGCCUUAUUGCUGGGUGCAUACCAUUUAGAUAUAAAAUCUCUGAUAAUGUUGUUAGCAGCAAGCCUGAGAAGAAUAUUGAAGUUCUUAUGAUCAAUUCCCAAAGCGGGCCUGGACUUUUGUUUCCAAAGGGAGGUUGGGAAAACGAUGAAACUGUUGAAGAGGCCGCUUUGCGCGAAGCCCUCGAGGAAGCCGGAGUAAGAGGAGAACUUAAAGAAUUUUUGGGAUAUUAUUAUUUCCGAAGCAAAAGUCUUCAGGAUGAAUUCAGUCCAGAAGGAUUAUGCAAAGCUGCAAUGUUCCCAUUGCUCGUCACAGAGGAACUCUGCUCAUGGCCAGAACAGAGCACUCGCCGGAGGAGUUGGGUCACAAUACCCGAGGCCGCCGAGCAAUGUAGACAUCCAUGGAUGGAGGAGGCUCUUGUUGAGGGAUUUUCGAAGUGGCAUGCAAACCAAUGAUUAAUGUAGAUGAUGAGGAUUAAAAGCCUAUAAUGGAAUAUUUAUAUGAAGAAUAGUGGUGGCUAAUUUGCAAUGGACUAAGCAAAAUUUCACCCUUCUAGUUCAUUUUUGGAGAUUCGGAUGUAAAGACUUUGAUUUCAAGCUUAUUUUAGUUUCUUGGAAGUUCCCAGGCUUGUUAAUGCUGUCUUAUGCUUAAGGAUUUAGUCAUCUUUUGCAUCAUUUGAACAUGACAUUUAUAUUA